GCCUCCCAAGGGCACCUAAUUUUUGGAGUUCUCAAAUACGUCCUGAGUUUCCUCUGCACCUUUAGUAACUCUCCGGUUCCCUCUCUCUCCACUCUUCCCUGCUCCCAGUCACCCCCACCCACAAACCCCGCUGAUCACAUCCGCCCGGUACCCGCCGCAGGCAACCAGAGAACAACAGACCCGCCUCCAGAGUCCCCGUUCUAGGACCUCCCUGACUGUCAGCGAAAGAUGCCAAUCACAGGCAGCCUUAGCCAGAUCACUGAGCACCCAGUAAAAAAAAACAAAAUCAGGUUGAGGGCAGAAUGGAAAUCAACAUAGCAACCUCCAAUGCAUGAAGGAAACUCCGUUUACACAUGCUCGUAGGAUCCCCUGCGUGGAAACAGCAGCUUGUCUCUGACUACCCGGAGGACACGGAGCACCCCAAAUAGGAACUUUAGAGGGAUUGAAAUCUGUUGCCUGUUCCACUAGGAAUAUUGUUUGCAAGGCACAAGGUGUCUUUUGGUAGUGAGCGCGCUCUGCGCAUGCGCAGGUCCAUUCGGGAAUUACUGCCCAGCAGCCGACUAAGUUGCAUUCCUUGAAUCUUCGCAGAAAAGACAAUUCUUUUAAUCAGAGUUAGUAAUGUGGACAGUACAAAAUCGAGAGAGUCUGGGGCUUCUCUCUUUCCCUGUGAUGAUUACCAUGGUCUGUUGUGCACACAGCACCAGUGAACCCAGCAACAUGUCAUACGUGAAAGAGACAGUGGACAGAUUGCUCAAAGGAUAUGACAUUCGCUUGCGGCCGGACUUCGGAGGGCCCCCCGUCGACGUUGGGAUGCGGAUCGAUGUCGCCAGCAUAGACAUGGUCUCCGAAGUGAAUAUGGAUUAUACACUCACCAUGUAUUUCCAGCAGUCUUGGAAAGACAAAAGGCUUUCUUAUUCUGGAAUCCCACUAAACCUCACCCUAGACAAUAGGGUAGCUGACCAACUCUGGGUACCAGACACCUACUUUCUGAAUGACAAGAAAUCAUUUGUGCAUGGGGUCACAGUGAAAAAUCGAAUGAUUCGACUGCAUCCUGAUGGAACAGUUCUCUAUGGACUCCGAAUCACUACCACAGCUGCAUGUAUGAUGGAUCUUCGAAGAUAUCCACUGGAUGAGCAGAACUGCACCCUGGAGAUUGAAAGUUAUGGCUAUACCACUGAUGACAUUGAGUUUUACUGGAAUGGAGGAGAAGGGGCAGUAACUGGUGUUAAUAAAAUCGAACUUCCUCAAUUUUCAAUUGUUGACUACAAGAUGGUGUCUAAGAAGGUGGAGUUCACAACAGGAGCAUACCCACGACUGUCAUUAAGUUUUCGUCUAAAGAGAAACAUUGGUUACUUCAUUUUGCAAACCUACAUGCCUUCUACACUGAUUACAAUUCUGUCCUGGGUGUCUUUUUGGAUCAACUAUGAUGCAUCUGCAGCCAGAGUCGCACUAGGAAUCACGACAGUGCUUACAAUGACAACCAUCAGCACCCACCUCAGGGAGACCCUGCCAAAGAUCCCUUAUGUCAAAGCGAUUGAUAUUUAUCUGAUGGGUUGCUUUGUAUUUGUGUUCCUGGCUCUGCUGGAGUAUGCCUUUGUAAAUUACAUCUUCUUUGGGAAAGGCCCUCAGAAAAAGGGAGCUAGCAAACAAGACCAGAGUGCCAAUGAGAAGAACAAACUGGAGAUGAAUAAAGUCCAGGUCGACGCCCACGGUAACAUUCUCCUCAGCACCCUGGAAAUCCGGAAUGAGACGAGUGGCUCGGAAGUGCUCACGAGCGUGAGCGACCCCAAGGCCACCAUGUACUCGUAUGACAGCGCCAGCAUCCAGUACCGCAAGCCCCUCAGCAGCCGCGAGGCCUACGGGCGCGCCCUGGACCGGCACGGGGUACCCAGCAAGGGGCGCAUCCGCAGGCGUGCCUCCCAGCUCAAAGUCAAGAUCCCCGACUUGACUGAUGUGAAUUCCAUAGACAAGUGGUCCCGAAUGUUUUUCCCCAUCACCUUUUCUCUUUUUAAUGUCGUUUAUUGGCUUUACUAUGUACACUGAGGUCUGUUCUAAUGGUUCCAUUUAGACUACUUUCCUCUUCUAUUGUUUUUUAACCUUACAGGUCCCCAACAGCGACACUGCUGUUUCUCGAGGUAAGAGAUUCAGCCAUCCAAUUGGUUUUAGGUCUUGCAUAUCAGUUUUAUUACUGCACCAUGUUUACUUCAAAAAGACAAAACAAAAAAAAUUCUUUUUUUUCCAGUCUACCGUGGUCCAGGUUAUCAGCUCUUUAAGAGCUCUAUUAAUUGCCAUGUUUACAAACAAACACAAAGAAAGAAGUUAGAUAGGUAGAUCUUUAGCAGUCUUUUCUAGUUGCCCUGGAUUUUACUGAUUUAUUUUUUAGGGAAAAUGAAAAGAGGACCUUGCUGUCCGCCCGCACUGCUUCCUGGUAAACUGUAACAAUCUUAUGCUGCCAAAAAAAAAAAAAAAAA